GGACAUUGUGAGUUAAGCAUAAACCGUGGAGCAGAUGAAAUGCCAUUUGUGAGGGGGGCAUCCCCGAUAUUACCGCUACGCUGAUUACUCGCUCUCAAACCAUCGGUAUAAUAUUACACACGGUUUAUAAAACAAAGACAGUCACUUGAUUAGUUCGUACGGCUUCGUUGACUUGACAUUUGUUUUUUUACCCUUUCAGUUAAAAAUUGCUUUCAGUCGUGUCAUUAUGGGAUUUCAAUCUUCCGGUACAAGCUGAAGCUUGAGUUCACAAGCAAAUAAAGAAUAAAAAAAAUCUGGCAGCGUGUACGAUAGUCACGUGAUGCGCGCAGCGGCCAGACUUUUCCUGCCAGUUUAUAAACUACUAUACGGACCCUGAUCCAGAAGGAGAAAGGACGGCGAUCCCGUCAUGUUGGCUAUUUUCACGUGGCUCCUCGGCUUCUGCGUCGCCGUCUUCACUUCGCUCACCUAUUUCUACGGGAGGAGAAGGAAGGAAGGCGAGCCCCCGCUAAUUAAAGGAUGGAUUCCCUAUGUGGGGAAGGCUCUGCAGUUUGGUCGAGAUGCCCACCGGUUCCUGACUGCGCACAGGGACAGACACGGGGACGUGUUCACUGUCCUUAUUGCUGGCAAAUACAUGACGUUUGUUAUGGACCCCGUGCUGUAUCCCUCCAUCAUCAAGCACGGCAAGCACCUCACCUUCCACGAGUUCUCUGACACGGUGCCUCCAGUGAUCUUCGACUUCCCACGUGUCAGGACCCCCCGCUUCCCAGAGCUGAGCAACCACAUCCAGAAGUCCUACAAUUUCCUGAAAGGCGAGAACCUCAGCCUACUGAGCGAGACCAUGGUGAGGAACCUCCUGCUGGUUCUCCGGCAGGACUACCUGGGCCUGGCCAGCGAGUGGAGGACCGACGAGCUACACCGCUUCUGCUGUAGAGUCAUGUUCGAGGUCACCUUCAUGACCCUCUAUGGAAAGCCCCCCGAGGGCAUGCGGCACGGGGGCAUUAGGACCCUGAGGGAGCAGUUUGAGAGCUUCGACGCCGCGCUGCCCAUGCUGGUUGCCGGGAUCCCGAUCUCGUUCCUGGGAUCCACUAAAUCCGCACGCAAGGAGCUGAAAGCCUUCCUGAUGCCCCAUAACCUGGCCUCGUGGGUGGGUCCGUCCCGCUUCAUCCAGCACCGGGCCGAGUUAUUUGAGCAGUACCAUGCACUGGAGGAUGCCGACAAAGCUGGCCAUCACUUUGCCAUCCUUUGGGCAUCUGUGGGGAACACCAUCCCAGCCGCGUUCUGGGCAUUAUACCACCUGGUCACCCACCCCGAGGCCCUGACCGCCGUCCGAGCCGAGGUCCGCCGCGUCCUGGGGCCGUUCCAGCAGGGAGCAGAACCAGAUCAGGCGUUGGCGUUCAGCCAGGAGAAGAUGGAUGGUCUGCUAUACAUGGGCAGUGCCAUCCGAGAGAGCCUGAGACUGUCCGCCGCUUCCAUGAACAUCCGAGUGGCACAGGAUGACUUCGUCCUACAGCUGGCCCAGGGUUACUCUGUACCAGUGCGCCGCGGUGACAUCAUCGCCCUCUAUCCCCAGAGCAUACACAUGGACCCUGAGAUCUUUGAGGACCCUGAGGCAUACCAGUUUGACCGCUUUGUGGAGGAUGGACAGGAGAAGAAGACGUUUUAUAAGAGCGGCCAGAAGCUGAAAUACUUCUGCAUGCCGUUUGGGUCUGGUUCCUCCAAGUGUCCCGGCAGGUACCUCGCCAUGAACGAGAUGAAGCUCUUUCUGGCCCUGCUGCUGACGUACUUCGAUUUGGAAGUGCUGGAGGACCAGGCCCGGCCCGGCCCGGAUCCCAGUCGAGCAGGCCUGGGUAUCCUCCUCCCCGACACUGAUGUCCGCUUCCGCUACCGGCUGCGACCUGUUUCAUUUGACCCGUGCUGAGGUGCGUGGAAUUAUGCUGCUUAUGGGCUCGUAACUCUGCCACAAGCGGGAGACACUGUUCAUGGAGGAAUGGCUCAAGUUGCACUGAUUACUUUAAAUAUGAAGUUGCGAUUGCAUAAGAUGGCCAGCGUGUGGUGUGUUAGUUAAAGAUGUGGACUGCCAACCUUAAGGUUGCUGUUGACUUCUUUAAGGAAGGUACUUAAAAUUACUUGCUCCGCCCCCAAGCACUGCUCCCCGGGCGCCGAAUUAGCUGCCCCCUGCUAUGUCACGAGGUCACAUACGGGUUAAAUGCCGAGGACAUAUUUCCUUGUGUGCUGAGGUGAGUCAACAAUCAUCACUGAUUUGCCAAAUCCUAAUCUUGUGAUUUCAUUGGUUAAACAAUUUGCAACAAACAGUUUUACCAAUGUGUUAAAUGUUAGGGUUGCUCCAUUGCCGAUUAUAUCACAUUGACAUUGAAAUAUAUCUUUUCAUUAUAAAUAUUGGACAGUUGGAGUGUGAGUCACAGAGGUAAAGUUGUGGCUUGUUGAUCAGCUCGUAGUUGGGGAUGUGCUAAACCAAAAAGGAGCUGGCAAAACACACAGAUAUAAACACAGUUAUGCAUACAUGCAGCGAUUGUAUUUGACUGUAAUAUUCAUGUACAAUACAUGUGGUGCCUGUAUAUGCAUGUUCUGAUUGUAAUUCUGAUAUUAAACAGUAUUGAACUUGAUUUUAGUCUUGCGACAGAAGUUGGGACAUACAUAGGCUAUUGUGUUCAUGACUGUAAUGUGACAUCCUAUUGUACAUUGUUGCCUAAUGUUAGUGCUUUUUAAAAUGUUUGCUUAUAUUACUCUCCUCAAUAUAAUGAGCCUGCGUUUAUUUUUAAGUGUUAGUCACAUAAUACAAACAUACAGUGGAACCCGCUUAUAGUGAUGACGGUUAUAGUGAUCAACCGCUUAUAUGGAUCAAAAAGCUUGGGACAGAAUAAUUCCUAUACAGAUACUGUUUAACUCGCUUAUAGACUAAUCAAGUGGUCUGCUUACUAUGGGAAGCCAUUUCAGUCUUCAUUCGACAUCCCUGAUAUCCUUCAUAUCAGACGUCAGUUUCCCCGCCGUUUGUCUUCAUUCGACAUCCCUGAUAUCCUUGAUAUCAAACGUCAGUUUCCCCCACUAGUUUGGUCUUUGUCAGCACUACUUGGACAUUUCGUCAGACUAGUUUGGCCAUCUUCUCAUACUAGUUGAACAAGAUUUCUUACUAGUCGCUUUUUCAUGAACUCGUGAUCUAUAAAUUUCUGCACUAGUUAACCAGUAGAAGCCAAAAUGCUCAGUAGUUGACUAGUUGGAGUAUUUUGGCUUUACUAGUCAACUAGUGAGUCUCAAAAUGUUUACUAGUUGAAAUAGUGAAGACCAAAAUGCUCACUAGUUAACUAGAUAACACCCCCCUGAUCUUACGAGUUAACUAGUGAGGCUCAAAAUGUUUACUAGUUGAAUUAGUGAAAGCUGAAAUGCUCCUUAGUUAAACUAAAUGCUAAUCAGGAGGCAGGAAAGGUGCUUAAAUUGAGCCUAUUGGUUCUCCAGCAAGAAUUCCACCCAGUGAAUAUUUAACCCUAUAAAUCCUGAAGUGAUUUUACAGUUAACUGCCAGCUCCGUGCUGACUACCCAUGCAGAAUAAAGCAUGAAAAUGCGUGUGUGUGCGAGUAAAACAUAUAAGUAGCUGUGCUUCUCUGCUACUGUAUAUAAUUUUCUUUCAACUUUGAGGCAUCGAACUGGACAAAACUUAAGUGAAAAUUGCUUGAGAAGACGGGAAUGCAUGCAUGAGAAAUGAUGAGUUACAGCGCGAGGGAGGCUGAAUUGCUGCGUGGGAUCUAGUCUCUCUCUCUCUCGUGCAAUAUACUGCGCGAGAGAGACCGGAUUCCACGAAAGGAAGAACAAGCUAUGCAAGAGAGGUCGAACUUUAAGAAGGGUGAACACAAUAAAAACAUUGCCGAUGAUUUGAUCCACUAACUCGGUCCAGAAAAUCUGGAUCUGUAAAUCAAGGACAGACCUUCUUAUGCAUAACAGUGCUGCUCCUUUUGAUGUUAAUGAUUUUUACUCUGAUGGUAGUAAGCUUACUUGCCGUAACUGACACUGAGUCUUGGUUUACGCAGAGCUCGAUAUUUUGUCAAAAAAAAGAAUGGUGUUUAGUCUCUGUUUCUUCUUCAUCAGAAAUAAACGGAACACAUACCUGCCGCAUUUGUGAAGAGGCUUGUCCUUUGUAAAAUGUAUGUCUAUGAAAUAUAAAUUGUGACAACAGUAUCAAGAAUAAUAAUUAAAAUCAAUCUCAAAAUGC